GUAAUGCAAUGGUGUCAGCUCGAUCAAUAUUUUCGUUUUGCCGGUUACAGAAGUCAAAACAAUUCAACCAAAAGCUGAAAUAACGAGAAAAUGCGUUACUUAAUACAUUGAUUCAGAGGUGUUAUAGCUGAGAUUUCAAGAAGUUAACCAUGUCAACGCCUUUGAUAGACCCUUCAGCUCACAGUAGUUCUGCUGGUACAUUUGAAAUAUCAGAAGGAGAUCCAACUGCACAAGCUGACAAACCUGGUACAUGGUGGUUCCAGAAAUCAGAACUGAAAGAGUACAGAAAUUCCCUCCUUGUGUCUUUCAUAUUGCUCAUAACAGGAUCAGCCCUUCUUCUGAUAGGAAUUAUACUUGAAAUCGGACAAGGACAACAUGCAGCUGGUAGUGUGUGUAUUGUCAUUGGAGUUCUCAUGUUCAUUCCAGGAUUGUACUACACCGGCUAUGCUUACUUUGCCACCAAGGGUUAUCAGGGAUUCAAUCUGAGUAAUCUCAAAUACUUCCGGCUCAGCAAAUGACGACAUGAUCAUCAGAUUAUAAGUAUAAACUAAGAUAGACAUUCAUAGCAAUUUACACCAAGAAAUAAUACAAUUAAGGCCUUUACCUUUUCUUGAAAUAUCAUUAUUGGUACAAAUAGUAUGCAAUGAGUAAUUAUCUGUCACAAUAUGUUCAAUAUUGUGUCACAGGUUUGGUUUGGUUGGCAAUUGUGAAUUGGGACUUUAUCCUACAUAUUUGAAUGACCUCUGUGUUAUGUAUUUCGUAUUACAUUAUUGCUAGAUGUUGCUACAGGUCUUCAGUAGAGUUAUACCUGUAUUAAAAUGGUAUAGAUAUGUUAAUACCAAACAGUGACCAGGUUCAAUUUAUUUAUCUUGAGUUCUGAAUACAAAGUGUGUAUUCUAUUGUAGGUUUGCAGUAUUUUAUUACAUGAGAAGAUCAAAGUCCAGAGUGAGAUUUUUAAAGAAUUAAAUUCAUUAUAGCUGCUUUAUAUAUAAAAAAAUACUCUUGCCACUCUCCUUUUUACCACAUGGAAUUGACAGCAAUCACUUGUGGAAUGAUGCUGGCAUAAUCACCUGUCCAAAUGUCAAAAUUUUAUUUCAAUUGAUUUAACAACAAAUAUUACUAUCAAAUCUAUCAAAUAAUAAUAGUUUUGAUAGCAACAAUUUUUUAAAAUUUAAUCAUUACUCUUUCUCUAUAAAUCAAAUUUCUAUUAAAUGGAAGAAGUAAACGGUAACAACUAAUUCAAGGUCUCUGUAAUUUGAACUAUAAAUAUUGCUGUUCAUGCAUUUCUUAGAACCUUUAAUUGAUUAAAAAUAAUGAUUCAAAUUUCUGUCUAUUUACAGUAUUAAUGUGCUUACUCAGCUUGCCUUUUGAAAGCCUUUCAGAAACAGUAACAAAGUCAAAGAGCGGAUAGACUAUUUAUAUUUUGUUUUAGUUCUUUACUGAUGACAAGGUCAGCAAACAGUUGUAACACAAUGUUUUGGUAUAGAAACUGUGAGUUAUAUAAUUUCUUUCUUUAUUUGUAUCUUAUCUGGUUACAUUUCUUGAAAAUACUGAAUUAUAUAAAAUGUACUUCAUAAAAAGAAAAAAAUAUAUAGCAAUGGUUACAACAAAACCAAAACAAACCACUGAAAUAACCUUCAGAAAUAAGAAUUGAUUGACUUGUAUGUCCAAAUGUUAAAAAAUGUUUUUCAUUUCUAUUUAAAGUCACAACCCAUUAAUUGCUUGACCAUUAAAGAAAGAAAACAUAUCGGACCUCAGAUUUGAAUUUUCACUCUGAUAUUGGAUGAAAACAUAUGU